CCAUCAGGAAUUGUCUUUAUCGCCUCUCCGACCUUAAAAAAACCCUCCCCUUCAUCACUGUAUUGAUUUAUGUAGACACGCAGCUGCGGCUCUAUAAAUACAGCGGGGCAGCAGUCCACUGCAUCUCCCCACACUCACCGCAUUCUCACACUCGACAUCUGGUCAGGACGCACCGACAGACGCACCAUCUCCGCAGAGCACGCACACCGGGGCUACACAAUGGAUGUCAUCGGGGCUCCAUCCCGCAGGAGAAUGCUCGAGACUCGGAGCAACCGCUCAUCCCCACCCGCCAGCCUAAGAUCACACUCCUGGUCUCAGAGAAAUCCGGGGUGCAUGUCCAUCUCCUACAAAAGAACUACCAAGAUGCCAGCAAGCAGGGCGUACACGACCGCGCCAGACAGUCUGGAACUCUCAUCCGCAUUCAAUGGUGACCACAUGUGCAACAACGAGAAGGAACAACUUCAAGGGUUGAAUGACCGAUUCUCCAGUUAUAUCGAUAAAGUCCGGUAUCUGGAAGAACAAAACAACCUGCUGGAGACUGAAAUCCAAGAACUCCGGCAGAAAAAGUUCACGCAGUCGCAACUUAGUGAUGCUUUCGACCAAGAGCUCGGCGAACUCCGCUCCGCGCUCGAGCAACUGCAUAGAGAGAAAGUGCAGAUUAUUAUUGAUGCCGAUAACGUCGAAGACGACAUCCACCGUCUCAAAAACCGCUACGAGGAUGAAGCCCGCUUUAGAGAAAAAAUCGAGAUGUCAAUCCGGGAAAUGAAGAAGGAAAAAGAUGACUCGGAUCUGAUGAAAUUGGAUUUGGAGAACAAAGUUCAGUCCCUCCUGGAUGAGGCAGACUUCCUGCGCAGUAACCACGAACAAGAGGUCAACGACCUCCUCGCGCAGCUCCAAGAGGCUCAAGUCCCGGUAGACAUGCGGGAAUACAGUAAAACGGACAUCACCUCUGCGCUCCGAGAAAUACGCGAGCAGCUGAACGGUCUCUCACCCCAAAACUUUCUUCAGGCGGAAGAGGUGUUCCAGUGUCGCUACGCCAAACUCACGGACGCUGCAGACCAGAAUAAGGACGCGAUCAAAUCUGUCCGCGAUGAGAUCGCAGAUUAUCGCCGGCAGCUGCAGGUGAAGAACGUGGAACUGGAGACUCUCCGCGGCACCAAAGAGUCCCUGGAGAGACAGCUGACUUACAUCGAAGACCGGCAUAACAACGACUUGGGCAGCUACCAGGAGAUGAUUCAUCAGCUGGAGCGGGAGCUGAAGGGCAUGAAGGGUGAGAUGGGUCACCACCUCAGGGAAUACCAGGACCUGCUCAACGUCAAGAUGGCCCUAGACGCUGAGAUCGCAGCCUACAGAAAACUACUGGAGGGGGAGGAGACUCGCUUCAGGCCAUUUGCUGACUCUUUCCCAAGCCCCGCCUUCCCAUACUGUCAGCCAAUGACCUCCUCUAAAGGGAAGAAGGAAGACAAGAAGGCGGACCUGAACGAUGACCUGGCUGCUGUAGUGGAGGAACUCCAGAAGGAGGAGGAGGCCGUGGAGGAAGAGGUGGCUGUCUCCAAGCGACCCAAACUGAGCGCUACUCCCCCUACAGGAGAGGAGGAGGAGGGUGGAGAAGAGGGAGAUGAAGAGGGUGAGGGAGAGGAGGAAGAGUCUGAGAUUGAGGAAACACAGCUGAGCAGUACCAAAGCCCAAAAGGCUGGUGCUGAAGAAGAGGAGGAGGAAGAUGAAGCACAGGAGUCAGGAGAAAAAGACAAAAAGAGUGACUUAGAGGGAGAGGAAAGAGAACAGGCAGGUGACAAGAAAGAGGUGAAGGAGGCAGCAGCACCUGAGCAGAAGCAGGAGGAGCAGGUGGAGGAGCUGAGGAGUCCCCCAAAGACUCCUGGCAGCCCCAAAGGGGAGGAGCAGAAGAGUCCUCCCAAGACACCUAGCAGCCCCAAAGAGGAGGAGCAAAAGAGUCCUCCCAUGACACCUAGCAGCCCCAAAGAGGACGUGCAGAAGAGUUCUCCUAAGUCUCCUGGCAGCCCCAAAGAGGAGGAGCAGAAGAGUCCCCCCAAGUCUCCUGGCAGCCCCAAAGAGGAGGAGCAGAAGAGUCCCCCCAAGUCUCCUGGCAGCCCCAAAGAGGAGGAGCAGAAGAGUCCCCCCAAGUCUCCUGGCAGCCCAAAAGAGGAGGAGCAGGAGAGUUCUCCUAAGUCUCCUGGUAGCCCCAAAGAGGAGCAGGACAAGGAGCUGAAGAGUCCCCUCAAGGCUCCCGUCAGCCCCAAAGAGGAGGAGCAGAAGAGUCCUCCCAAGUCUCCUGGCAGCCCCAAAGAGGAGGAGCAGAAGAGUCCCCCCAAGACUCCUGGCAGCCCCAAAGAGGAAGAGCAGAAGAGUCCCCCCAAGACACCUAGCAUCCCCAAAGAGGAGCAGGACAAGGAGCUGAAGAGUCCCCUCAAGGCUCCCGUCAGCCCCAAAGAGGAGGAGCAGAAGAGUCCUCCCAAGUCUCCUGGCAGCCCCAAAGAGGAGGAGCAGAAGAGUCCCCCCAAGACUCCUGGCAGCCCCAAAGAGGAAGAGCAGAAGAGUCCCCCCAAGACACCUAGCAGCCCCAAAGAGGAGGUGCAGGAGAAGGAGUUGAAGAGUCCCCCUAAGUCUCCUGGCAGCCCCAAAGAGGAGGAGCAGAAGAGUCCCCCCAAGACUCCUGGCAGCCCCAAAGAGGAGGAGCAGAAGAGUCCCCCCAAGACACCUGGUAGCCACAAAGAGGAGGAGCAGAUGAGUCCCCCCAAGACACCUAGCAGCCCCAAAGAGGAGGUGCAGGAGAAGGAGCAGAAGAGUCCUCCCAAGACACCUGGCAGCCCCAAAGAGGAGGAGCAGAUGAGUCCCCCCAAGACACCUAGCAGCCCCAAAGAGGAGGUGCAGGAGAAGGAGUUGAAGAGUCCCCCCAAGACUCCUGGCAGCCCCAAAGAGGAGGAGCUGAAGAGUCCCCCCAAGUCUCCUGGAAGCCCCAAAGAGGAGGUGCAGAAGAGUCCCCCCAAGUCUCCUGGCAGCCCCAAAGUGGAGGAGCAGAAGAGUCCCUCCAAGACUCCUGGCAGCCCCAAAGAGGAGAAGGUCCUCACCCGCACUGAAGAAACCAUCAGCAAUGAAGACCAGGUGGCGGCCAAGCCUGCCAAGAAGAGCAAGCCAGCAGAAGAGGUCAAAGACUCCAAAACCACCGCCAAAAAAGCAGGAAAGACAUCUGCCCCAGCCGCUAAAGAAGUGAAGGAGAAGUAAACUCAGAGCAGGGCGAGAGUAGACAAAGAGUCAAAACCACUAAGACAAGCUCCACAGCAAGAGACUAUAACUGCAUGUAAUGCUGAGGAUGGUGAGGGAGAUUUGGGCAGUGUCAGGGACAGGAGCUAUAUGAGCGCUAAUAUGAAGCCAGAGGCACAUUCAAUUUAGUGAUAAAUCUCAAAGGCGCAAACUCUCCGUCAAGUCCCAAAGGUGCGACUCCCUCAAACGUGUCGGUGACCUCUGGUCUGCUCUGACCCCACUGACCUGCCGGCUGUGCUAUGCUGCAGACGCUUCCCGCCUUAAUUGCGCCGCAAGCCCGGUGCGCUCAGCUGUGAAACAUACAAACACAAACACAAACACUGCUGUUUACAACUCCAGAGCAAUAUGGAAAACCCAUUGCCUUAAUAAAGCAAUACAGAUCUUCCAAG